AUCAGUCAUGCGAUACAGUCUCUGGAUUCACUUGCUCGCGCAGCUGGCUCUUGUGCUGUUGGUCUUAGGCGAGCCAAAUAGAACGGAGCUGCAUAAUGCUGUCGAUCGAGUCUUUUCGCGUCAAAAACGUUUCGUAUUAUUUCCAAUGGGCUCGAAUUUGAAAUUCACCUGCUCAAUAAGCGCAGGUCUGCUCUCUCGCUUUCCGAGGGGAGUCAGCAUGAACCUUGAGGAGGCGGUUUACUAUCCAGUGCCAACGAGUCGUGCGGAUGUCUAUCCAAAGCGUUUCCGACCGCGAACGACAACAACGCCUGUGCCAAAAACAAGCACAGAGCCAACUUAUGUGUGGAUCGCUGGUACGGACUGGAGAUUCAAGGCAACGCCUAUCAAGAAACCGACCCCAGUAAGGCUACAUCAACGCAUUGACCACAGGCCCCCAGUGCCGAGCUAUGCUGAUCCAGCCAAGUGGAAGCAGUGGUCCAAGUAUGGAGAACAUUAUAAAAACUGGACGCCAGCAAGGCCGUAUGAGAAAUAUGGCCAGCCGGGUAGAUGGAGUAAGUGGACAACACAAUCGCCGGCUUGGAGCAACUAUGGCAAGCGUUGGUACAGAUCGGCUGAAUCGCAGCUGCAAGAGGAGCCCGAUGAGGACCUAUACGAUCCGGAUAUGACGCCCUAUAAGCCUACUCACUAUCCCGAUCUGGAGCACGCCAGGGAUUGGCAGGAUUAUCAUGGACACCGUGAUCGUCGGCAGUUGUUUGAGAACUUUGGAGCCUUUGGCAAGCACCUGGGCAUCGAAACCAAGGCCUGUAUACUGCGCGCGAUCUGCGAUAGCAAGCGUUUGCUUUUGCCCCCUGGGUAUUCCAUGCUGCAGGACAUAGUUCGCGUGAUCUUUACACUUCCCACAAUAUCGGGCGUGGAGGAUGACUAUAGUCGCAUUAUGCGCAUGACUGCAGAGGAUUGUGACAAGCACUUUAAGCAUGGCUGUAAAUUAAAUCUAUUGGGCUGGCUUCUAGACGCCAAAUGGGGUCAGUGA